AUGCGUGAGUUUAAAGACUGUCUUGAAGAGAUUGAAGUCUUUGAUAUAAACUGGACAGGAUUACAUUUCACAUGGAGUCAAAAGCCCAAAGAAGGUGUUGGUUUGCUGAAAAAGAUUGAUAGAGUGUUGGGCAAUGCUUCGUUCGUUAGUGCCUACCCGGAAUCGGUUGCCAUUUUCAAGCCCUAUGGUAUCUCGGAUCACUGUCCUUGUGUCUUAAAGCUUUUCUCGGCUGGUAAAUCUAAACCAAAACCUUUCAAGUUUGCAAACUUCCUGGUUCAUAAGCCGGGUUUCUUGGAUAUUGUCAAGUCUAAAUGGGAUGUGCACAUUAAUGGAGUUCAUCAGUUUCGAGUUAUCAAAAAACUCACGCUUAUGAAAUCUUCGCUUCGUGUCCUCUUGUUUCAACAAGGUAAUCUUCACGAAAAGGUAGCAAAUCUACGUGCCAAACUUGGGGGUCUUCAGAACGAUAUUGAUAUGGAUCCCCUAAACGAUGUUUUACGUUCUCAAGAAGCGGCUAUGCAAAAGGAUUUUCAGGAGGCAUUGCUUGAUGAGGAAAGAUUCCUCAAGCAGAAAUCUAAAGUGGAGUGGCUCCGUGCGGGUGAUGCUAAUACGGCUUAUUUCCAUUCAUCCUUAAAGUGUAAAAAUCAUUUUAAGCUUAUUGAUGUGAUAUCGGAUUCGAAUGGCAACUUUUAUGAAGGGGAUAAUGUGGCUGCGGCUUUUGUCAGCCAUUAUGAGCAGUUUUUGGGUUGUGCGGGUCAGCUUUCUUUACAGCCAUCUCCGGAUAUUUUCACUAAUAAGCUGGAUUCUGAUUCUGCUAAUCAUAUGACGCGACCGGUUACUUUGGAGGAAGUUAAAUCAGCUAUGUUUUCGAUUGGGAAUGAUAAGGCCCCUGGUCCUGAUGGUUACACGGCUGCAUUUUUUAAAAGUUCUUGGCAGAUUGUGGGGAGUGAUGUUUCAAAUGCUGUUCUUGAUUUUUUCAAUACUGGUAAUCUGCUGAAGCAACUCAAUCAUACGUUAGUCGUUCUGAUCCCUAAGGGGAAAAGAGGGUUAAGGCAAGGUGAUCCAUUAUCCCCUUAUCUUUUCACUCUCGUGAUGGAAGUUUUGACGUGUAUUCUCAACCAUGCUACAAGGAUUGAUUCGUCUUUCAGGUUUCAUAAUAAAUGUGAAAAGCAGCGUAUUGUUAAUCUUUGUUUCGCGGACGAUUUAUUCCUUUUUGCUAGAGGAGAUGUGGGUUCGGCUCGAUGUAUUAUGUCUUCGCUCACGAAGUUCACUCGAAUGUCGGGGCUGAUUCCGAGUGCGCAGAAAAGUACAGGAUUUUUUUGUAAUGUGCCGAUUAAUGUUAAAAGGGAAAUCUUGUCUAUCAUGCCAUUCGUGGAGGGUUCGCUGCCGGUGAAAUAUUUGGGGGUUCCGCUUAUUUCUUCUAGACUGUUGUACAAGGAUUGUAGUGUUCUUGUGGAGCGUCUUGAAAAUCGGAUAGAUAAUUGGAAGAACAGAAUGUUAUCUUUUGCUGGCAGGUUGCAAUUAAUCAUUUCCGUCCUUUCAGCUCUUCAUGUGUACUGGUCCUCGGUUUUUAUUUUACCAGCUAGAGUCAUUAAGGAGUUGGAAUCAAAAAUGCGUAAUUUUCUUUGGGCUCAAUCUCCUUCUCAGCGGGGUAGGGCGAAAGUGUCUUGGAGUUCGGUUUGUGUGCUGAAACAUGAGGGAGGUUUGGGUAUUCGACGGAUCGCGGAUGUUAAUAAAGCUCUCAUGGUGUCGCAUAUUUGGAGCAUUCUAAGUAACCGUAACUCGCUUUGGGUGGCUUGGAUUCACUCUUAUCGUCUAAAAGGUCGGAGUUUUUGGGACCAUAGGGUUCCGACUUCUUGCUGUUGGAGUUGGAGGAAGAUGUCUCAACUUAGGCCUUUAAUCCGUCAGCAUGUUUGGUCUCAAAUUGGGAACGGUAAUAACACAUAUGCUUGGUUUGACUUGUGGAGUACUAUCGGUCCGUUAUGCAAUUUUCUAACUCCUAGAGUUAUAACCAGAGAGGGUUUCUCGUUGAAUGCAAAAGUGGCGGAUGUCUAUACGGAGGGUUCUUGGUUAUGGCCGGAUGCUUGGAGAGAUACUUAUCCGGUGCUUAUACAAUUAGAUCUCAUGCAACGAAACGUGAAUAAUCAGGAUCGGCUGUUGUGGAGGGAUGGUGAUAAGCUUAACGAGUACUCCUCUUCAGGGGUUUGGAAUUCGGUUCGGGCUAGGGAGCAGGAGGUGAAUUGGGCAAGUAUCGUUUGGUUCUCUCAAUGUGUUCCUCGGCACGCCUUUUUGAUGUGGCUCAUUGUUCGACGAAAGCUUCUAACGCAAGACAAGGUCUUGCAAUGGAGCUAUCCACGGAGAAAAAAUAUGAACAUGAUGUGCUGCCUCUUGUGCUAUGAGAAUGUGGAUUCGCAUGAUCACUUGUUUUUUGAAUGCAAGUUGUCCAAGGAAAUAUGGUGUACGGUCCGAUCUAAAGUUGGUAUGGAUAGAGUUGAACCAAGAUGGACCGAGAUUGUGGAGUGGUUGAAGCAUCGGUCGCGGUCGAAAUCGGCGACAAACCUGCUUUGUAAAUUGAUAGUUGCAGCCUCUAUGUAUGUUAUUUGGCAGGAAAGAAACAAUCGUUUGUUCAAAAACCAUGCGAGGCCUCCGGACAUCAUUUCUAAAGCUGUGAUAGAAAGUGCGAGAUACAAGUUGAUGGGGCUCAGAUUCAAGAACACAAUCAGAGUUCGGGAGUUGCUGGAGAAAUGGGAGAUUCACGAUGCCGAGUUACUUAUGGAGAAUGGUUAA